AUGAGGAUAUUUGGAAGAGUGGCUGUUUGUGGGGUGAUAUCUGAGUAUAGUAGUGCUGGAAGAAAAGCUUCACCAAACAUGUUGGACAUUGUGUACAAGAGAAUCAGCAUCAGAGGAUUUUUGGCUGCUGAUUUUCUGAAUGUUUUUGAAGAUUUUUUUUCAAAAACUUUGGAUUACCUUCGUACAGGAGAGUUAAAGACAAUUGAAGACAUUUCAUCAGGCGUGGAGAGCAUCCCUUCUGCUUUUGUUGGACUCUUCAAAGGGGAUAACAUUGGAAAGAAAGUUAUAAUUUUUGUGCGGUUCUGUUUUGACACAUUCCAGGCCAUUGAUGGUGCUGUUAUUGGAAAAGUUGUGGCUUCUGGGAAUGCUAAGUUUCAGAAAGAUGAUUUGGUGCUUGGAGUAUUCACAUGGGCACAGUACAGUUUGGUGAAAGAAGGGAGUAUCUUGAGAAAAUUAGAGUCCUCUGAAUUUCCACUAUCAUACUAUCUUGGAGUUCUGGGAUUCAACGGACUGUCAGCUUAUGCUGGGUUUUUUGAAUUGUGUAAACCCCUAAAGGGUGAAAAGGUUUUUGUCUCUGCAGCUGGUGGAGCAGUUGGAAAUUUAGUAGGCCAAUAUGCAAAGCUUUUAGGUUGCUAUGUUGUUGGUUGUGCAGGUACCCAGAAAAAGGUGGAAUUGCUUAAAAAAGAGCUAGGUUUUGACGAAGCAUUCAACUACAAAGAAGAAAAAGAUCUAAACUAUGCUCUUAAAAGGUAUUUUCCUGAUGGAAUUGACGUAUAUUUUGACAAUGUUGGGGGUGAGACGCUGGAAGCAGCUGUGGCUAAUAUGAGGAUAUUUGGAAGAGUGGCUGUUUGUGGGGUGAUAUCUGAGUAUAGUAGUGCUGGAAGAAAAGCUUCACCAAACAUGUUGGACAUUGUGUACAAGAGAAUCAGCAUCAGAGGAUUUUUGGCUGCUGAUUUUCUGAAUGUUUUUGAAGAUUUUUUUUCAAAAACUUUGGAUUACCUUCGUACAGGAGAGUUAAAGACAAUUGAAGACAUUUCAUCAGGCGUGGAGAGCAUCCCUUCUGCUUUUGUUGGACUCUUCAAAGGGGAUAACAUUGGAAAGAAAGUUAUAAGUUUAGCAGAAGACUGAUACAGGAAUGAAGUUGAGGUUGAGCAAGAGAUUAGAGAAAAUGCUACUCAUUAAUCACCAGUACGAUGAAUUUGAUAUUUAAGAAUAAGAUUGUUGUCGGAAAAAGGUUUUGAAUUUUA